AAAGCAGUGCUGUAUUUGUCAGCCACCAUGCAGAGAAAACAUGUGCAUGCUCUCUUUCUUGGACUUCUCGUUCCUCAUGUUUGCAUCCUUGCCAGCAUCACUACACACUCCGACUGUGCGACAUGCAUUUCACUUUUAAGUAAAAAGCAGAAGAUGCUUUUCAUCAGCCUGUGUGAGGGAUGCCAAAUAAAAGAGUCAGAGAUGUGUAACCUGACAACCCAAGCUGUAUUAGACAAAUUUGCUGAGCUGCAAGGGUGUGUGUGCUCCUGGAAGGAAGACCUGCUGGCACAAUGCAAGUCAAAGCCAGCUCCACACAAGAGAAGCACACCGGCUGACUGGCAAUCAAGCAGUUUCAGAGAAUUUGAGGAUGCUGCUCGAUCAUGCACGCACCAAAUAAGAUUUUGCUUGAGUGACUCCAUGUGCAACAAGCAUUUGGCACCUGUCCUUCAGACUUGCAUGGAGGCUCAGUGUGACCAUGACAGCUGUGGGCAAGAAAUGCGACGUUUCUACAGUAGUGUGCCAUACGACUUAGCCGAGAGGCUGGUAAUGUGCGAGUGUGAUCCACCAGAUGUAAGCUGCCUAGAAAUGAAAGCAGCAAUACAUGGCAACACUUGUGGGGACCAACUUUGGAUCUGUCAGGAGGCUGUGAGACGCUGUUUGGAGGAGCAGCAUUGCAGAGAAUUGCUAAAAAGUUUUCAAAACAAGUGCUGGACCUCCGAGGAGUCUUCUUGCAGUGAGGUUACUCUUCAAAGUGAAUGUUUGCACCUCAUGAAUCCAGCACUCAUUCUUGGAAGAGAAUUGGACUGCAGAAAAGCCUUUGUGGCCACGUUGGGAACGACACUGCACCAUCCGUGCACGUGCGAACAAGUACAUGGUGCCGAUCUCUACACAUGCAGUAUGGUUCAUGAUGUGCUACACAACAGAUCACACUUCAACACCCAUUGGAUGAGGGAUAAUGGUCCCUCUACUCCUCCCCCAAUCAGUGAAACUGAUGAAGGUCAGAGCGGGCUAUCUGGUUAUGUACUCUAUAGCUGUGUAGCUACACUGCUGGGGGGAAUUCUUGUGGUGACUGUGGCUGUUUUUCUUAAAAGACGGGUGGUGAGAAGAAACGAGACACCAGACAAAAGCAGAUUCCAGCCUCUUCAAAAAAGUAAUGGCGUUGUUACUACACAAGAUUGUCCAUAAACGUUAAAUCAGUCAAUUUUCUGAACACCUAUCAGAGGAGUUUUCCUCAUCUCUUUGUCUCCAUUCUCCUGCUGUGUGAAAGAUGUAAGCUUACAUUGAAAAGUAAAAUGUAAAAAAAAACAGUUACCUUGAAUUUAUCAGGUGUGUUAAAGGUUCCUCCAACAACAUCAAAAGUGCUCAGUGCUUUUUCAAACCUGACCAAAUGUGACUUAUGACAGUGAUGUGGAUGCAAGUGAGGCGAAACAGACCUUCUGAUUUGAUCAAACAUUUCUCUACAUUGCUCUGACUGCAUGAUGGGAUGCAGCUGCAGUGCUGGAAACCCAGAGCUCCGAUAUCCAUUCAUUAUUUUACUUAUCCUGCUCAAGGUCAAGGGGAAACUGAAGUCUAUCCCAGCUGUGUUAGGGUGAGAGGUGCAGUACACUCUGGACUGAUCAUUCAUCUGUCACUCCCAACACUGGCACAUAGAGACAACCAUUCACGCCUCCAGGCAAUUUAGACCUAAACAUAAUAUUCUUUUGGACUGUGGUAGGAAACCAGAGUGCCCAGAAAGAACCCACACAAGCAUGGGGAGAACAUGCUAAGUCCACACUGAGAGGUGAUGUGAGGCGGACGUGCUAACCACUGGUCUUUAAAAGUCCACAAGCGACCCCAUGCAGAACCAUGCUAUACAUAGAAAGGCCUUGUGGUUUUGGAAAGAGAACACUCCUGCUAAGAGUGCAAGAAGUAAGAAAAAUAUAGAGGUGGGAUCGUAAUAUUUUUCUGUUUGAUUUGUUCAUUAUAUAGAAGUUUCGUAUUGAAUAUUAUUUCCAGUCCUAGAUGUUUGGCCAAUCCCCUUCCAUCAAUUUUCCACAAAGCGGCUGUUCUUUUUCCAGAAAAUUUUGAUUGGUGCCCUCUUGACAGGCUACUCACGUAAUUGUUUAUCUCUUACAGUGUAUUUGAAGGCAUUAUUUGUUUUUGAAUUGAUCCAUGCAUUGCUCAACCUGCUCGCUCCUUUGUCAUGUUUUUGUAUUGUCAGUGUGAAGUACCUUCAGACACAUUGCGUGCUCCUUGCUUGCUAUUUGGUAUUUAAGGACAUGUCAAGGGAGACCAAGCUGUUGUCCUUCAAGUCAGUUUGAUUUGAAAAUUGUUUGUCUCCAGUCUACAUCACAGAGUGAAUUUUUCACGCUGAGCAUGAGCCUGCUUGGCUUUCAGAGAUGAAUGCUGAGGGGUUAUCUCUAUACAGAUGAUAAAUGUUUUUGUUUCAAAUGGUUCUGAUUUCAUUUCAAAGGGAAUUUGAAAUCCAAUUAAUUCUCUUUUAAUUCCAUUAUGACCAUCUGGCUUUCAACCAUGGUAGAAAUGAAAGGCAUGUAAAUGGUAAAACAUCCAAUAUUUUAUAUCCCCUAAAGUGCAUGUACAAAUCACUUGGAUUACUGAUCAGAUGUGCUUUAUAAACUUUUCUUAAGCACAAUAAUCUUUAUC